AUUGGAACCUUCCUGAUCCUAUCCUAUGAUAUCAACCACAAGUCCACGUGGCGCAACAUCUAUGACUAAUCUCUGAGAUAUAUCUCUAAAGUUCCCUUCACUGGGUCCCACAACGAAAACCCCCAAUUCAUGUCUUGAUGCUCACGGCUCCUUCCUUUUCCUUCUCCGCCAUUUAUAUAUCCUAUCUGUCCUCACUCAUUCCUUCUUCUCUCUCACACAACCAUGCCCCCACAAUCAUCGCUGAUCAGUUAUCAGUAGUAAUCAGUCGCAGCUCAGCUCAAACUUAAUUGAUAAUUCUUCGACUUCAUCAUGAAAUCUUGUGCAGCUAUGUACCGAAUCAUUUCUUUUACUUUGCUUUUGCUGCUACCGUACGGGAUGGGCCAGGUCACCCAGGAUUCUUAUCCGAACGUGAGAUUCUCACCGUCGAUGGCAAUAAUCAUCGUGGUUCUGAUUGCGGCUCUGUUUUUCAUGGGAUUCUUCUCUAUUUACAUACGCCAGUGCUCGGACACGCGCAACGGUUCGGGAAUUGUGCGGCCUAUCACCGGACGGUCGCAUACGGCGACGCGUGGACUGGAUCCGGUGGCGAUCGAGAACCUUCCGAUAUUUCCUUACUCCGAAGUGAAGGAGCUCAAGAUCGGGAAGGGAGCACUGGAAUGCGCGGUGUGUUUGAUGGAAUUCGAAGACGACGAAACGCUGCGUUUGAUCCCCAAAUGCGACCACGUGUUCCACGCGUACUGUAUAGAUCCUUGGUUGGCCUCUCACACCACGUGCCCUGUUUGCCGCACCAAUUUGGUUCCGGAACUCGGUGAGUCAACACCGAAUUUACCCGACUCAGAUUCCGCGUCAGACAUCGAAGCACAAAACGACGUCGUACCAGCAGAGCAGGAAAUAGACGAGGCAGCGUUAGGACAACAACGACCACCGGAACCUGAAGUCAUGAGUGUGAAUCAAACUUUGAACAGGAACCGUACACGUGGGUCGAGAUCUGGUAGACCACCUAAAUUCCCUAGGUCUCACUCGACCGGACAUUCAUUGAUUCAACCGGGAGAAAACACGGACCGGUUCACUUUGAGAUUGCCGGUUGACGUAAGGAAGCAGAUAAUGAAUCGCCGGCUGAACCGGGCUAUGAGUCUGCGUCUGUUGCCGAGGGAAGAGAGUUUGAGGAGAGGCUAUCGAAGCGGGAGUAGCAAAGGGAAAAACUUAGGGCGAUUCGAUCGGAGUACCAAGUCGGACCGUUGGGUGUUUAGCAUGGCACCACCAUUUUUAACGAGAGCAUCGUCGGUCAGGUCGCAGACAGUGGCGGCAAACGACGAGGGAUCUUCCAAGCGGCUGCCUGAACAAGAAGCGCCACUUGCUGAAUCGAGUCGGCCUCCGGUUUAAAGGCCAAUUUUGUAUUAAAUUUUCUUUUAAUAACUUUACACGAUUUUUUAAUAUAUUCUUAUAACAAUAUGCUCCGGUCUAGUCUGUGUAUAUUGUAUAGUUUACAUUAUUUUUGUAUUAUUAAUUGAAUUUUGUGACUACUGAAUCUUUGUUGGAAUCGAACAUUGAACACUCAUAUGCCCAACUCAAUUGAGUAUUAA